GUCAAUUUACCCCGACAUCUCUCUCUCUCUCUAAGCCCAUUUUGGAACCCUAGAACUAGAAGAACCUCUUCUUCUUCUUCUUCUAUUCGUAGCUUAGCAACCUUCAUUUCCAGAUUCUUCGGUUUUUGUUCUGUUCUCUUCGUCACUCUGUGCAGUUUGAUUAUUUAUGGCCGAAGUUGAGGAACAAAACUUUGGUGAACAAGACGUCGUAGAUAAUGUACCUGAAAACUCGGAAGUGCCCGAGAACGUAGAAGUCCCUGAGCCAGAGGAGCCGCAACCUGAACAAAAACAAGAACAAUAUGAGGAACCGGUGGUUGGUGGAGGUGAGCCAGUUGGUGCAGCUGAGAAGAAGUGGCCCGGAUGGCCUGGGGAGAGCGUUUUUCGUAUGCUAGUUCCGGCACAAAAAGUUGGCAGCAUAAUUGGACGCAAAGGGGAGUUUAUCAAGAAGAUAGUUGAGGAGACGAGAGCUCGCAUUAAGAUUCUUGAUGGUCCUCCUGGGACAGCUGAAAGAGCUGUAAUGGUAUCUGCCAAAGAAGAGCCCGACUCUUCCCUUCCUCCUGCUAUGGACGGUCUUUUGAGGGUUCACAAACGUAUUGUUGAUGGCUUGGAUGGUGAUUCUUCUCAUGCUCCACCACCCGCGGGAGCAAAAGUGUCAACAAGGCUGCUUGUUGCAGCUUCACAGGCAGGAAGCUUAAUUGGAAAACAGGGAGGAACUGUUAAGUCCAUCCAAGAAUCCUCUAAUUGUAUAGUUCGAGUACUCGGAUCAGAAGACCUACCAAUUUUUGCUCUUCAAGACGAUAGGGUUGUUGAAGUUGUUGGUGAACCAGCUGGUGUGCACAAAGCAGUUGAACUCAUUGCCUCCCAUCUUAGGAAAUUUUUGGUUGACCGCAGUAUAAUUCCGGUUUUUGAGAUGCAUAUGCAAAUGGCGAAUCCCCAGAUGGACCACAUGCCACCACCUCAGUCAUGGGGUCCACCUCAAGGAGUUCCGCCAAAUGCUGGUGGAGGCCCUGGAUUCGGACAUAAUCCUCAAUACAUGCCACCACCUCCAAGACAAAUGGACAGUUAUUAUCCUCCGGCAGACUUGCCACCACCCAUUGAUAAACAGCCUCAUCAUGGUAUAUUAGCAUAUGGGAGGGAGGCUCCUAUGGGUGUCCAUGCACCGGCUAAUGCACAAGGAGCACCGUCAAUGGUUACGCAGAUCACACAGCAAAUGCAGAUUCCACUAUCUUAUGCUGAUGCUGUUAUAGGAACUUCUGGUUCAAGCAUAAGCUACAUUAGACGUGCUAGCGGUGCCACCGUUACAAUACAGGAGACUAGGGGUAAUCCCACAGAAAUGACAGUUGAAAUUAGUGGAAGUGCUUCUCAGGUCCAAACAGCUCAGCAACUGAUACAGAAUUUCAUUGCUGAUGCUGCUGGUGGCGGUGGAUCAGUACAAACCCAACCUGCUGCUCCAACAGACCAAGGCUAUAAUUCUUAUGCAGCUCACGGUUCCGUGUAUGCAUCGCCUCCAAACAAUGCAGGGCACGCAGGGCAUACUGCAGGGGGCUAUGGCUCAGUUUAUGGAACAAACUAUGGAUACUAAGUAGGGCAUGCCGGUUUGUUUUGCUAUUGUUGAAAACAUAAAGUAGCAUUAUUGUGAACUUGGCCGAAUAGUUCUUUUUGUUCUCUCUUUCUCUGUGACAGUUGUAAUUCUUGUUUUUGACUUCAUUUCAAAUCUUAUAAAUGUUAGAUUUUAUCGUACCCGUUAGGCUAACGAUAGAAUUUGAUCUAA